UGUCAUUUGGCGUAAAUCGAAAGCCGCAAUUGCGGUUAAAACUCGUAAUUUGUCCUGGAAAUAAAGAACAAUAAUGUAUUCAUUACACCGGCAAAACUGAGCUCAAUCAGGCGUUGUGCAAUAACAGUGAAUUCACACCGUUAAUAGUUUUGUGACAAUAAAAUGCCUUUUGUUAAUAUCAAGAAGCAAUAUUUAGCGAUCGCGAUGUUGAUUUUCGUACUGUUAUUCUUCUUCAAUAGCAAGCCUACUUUCCAAUGCCAGUUUAAUCCAGAAGUGGCGACGUUUCUGCCUACGAUCUAUGGAAUUACGCCGACUUAUGCCAGGCUAGCCCAGAAAGCAGAUUUGACGAGGUUAUCACAAACUCUGAUGCUAGUGAAGAACUUUCACUGGAUUGUCAUCGAAGACUCCGAAACAAAGACAAAACUGGUUGAAAAUCUCCUUCGGGAGUCAACUCUCAAAUAUACACACCUCAAUGUUAAGACACACAAGGCUAAACACUCAACGGCAAGUGGCGUUGAGCAAAGGAAUGUGGCUCUAGAAUGGUUACGGGAACAUUUAGCUAAGAUCGAGGACAAAAGGGGUGUGGUCUACUUUAUGGACGAUGAUAACACAUAUUCGCUGAAGGUGUUCGAUGAGAUGCGCAAAGUCAAGAAAGUCGGCGUGUGGCCAGUAGGCAUAGUCGGUGGUAUGCGAGUGGAGAUGCCUCUGGUCAAAGACGGCAAGGUCACCGGUUACAACGCCGCGUGGAAGCCCUUCAGACCCUUCCCUAUCGAUAUGGCAGGGUUUGCUAUUAACGCAACCCUGUUUUUGGAUGUACCAACGGCCAAAUUUUCGAGGAAAGUGCAGUCCGGAUUUCAGGAGAGCGAAAUACUAAAGUAUUUCACGACCAACAGCGAACUGGAACCAUUAGCUGACAACUGCACCAAGGUAUACGUCUGGCACACUCGAACUCAGAAGCCGUCCAUACUCAACCCGAAGAAGCUCAAGACUCCUAUCACUCCGGACGACGAUAUCGAGGUUUGAAUUGGUAAUAAAUAAUGCCAUAAACUGUUUAUCGAAAUUGCAACCUCUUUUGAGGAAUUUGAAAAUUUUGACAAUCGAAUACUUGACAUUUGACAUGUCAUUUUGAUGUCAAAACGUCAAAGGCUCUGAAGUAUUAACCAAAAUGCAUUUGGAGUACCUGUUUGUUUUUGUAUGUACGAAAUCAAAUUGAUGGUCAAAUGAGGCAGCAAACAAUGUCGAAAAUGUUUUGAUCGACAACUUAAAUAAAAGAUGACAGCUAACGUUUCGUCUUUAUUAAAACUAUAGACAGUUUUGCAAUUUGCAAUGUCUGCAGCAUUCUAAGUUUAGCAGCUACAAGGCAAUUAUCAACUAUUCUAAUUCGUAAUUUAAUGCAAUAUGCCCCACGCGGAGAGUUACUUUUAAAAAUAGCUUUUUUUAUGUUUAUUUAUAUACGAUUUUUCAAAUCGAUGAUUAGGGCUCGAUAUCUAGUGUAGUUCACAAUGAAUUAAACAAAAUCAGAAUAUUUACUCAAACUGGGAAAUAUUAAGCUCUCUGUCAAUGUCAGAUAUAAAUAUGGGGUCUGAUUCGAUAAUCGUGUUGCCCAUAAAUAAUUAUGUAGUAUCGAUUUAAUUUUCAAAAUAUCGAUUGUACUCGAUAUUUUACAUUUAUAAACCAAGGGCUUCCUUCAAUUAUUUUCAAUCUUGCCCUGCAUAUUCAAUACUCGACUGUAAAUGACAUAUUCGUAUAUUUAAAUGAUAUCGCUACGGUAUCGUGAUUUAAUCGUACCUUAUAAUGUAUUUAGGUAUGUUUAGUAUUGAUUACAAGGCUUAGGUAACUCAGGGAUAGUGUAGCUACAUAAUCACGUUUACAAUAACUUAUACAUAAGUUACAAUAGGCAGCAAAUAAAUGUAGUGUCGCUUACGAUUUUAUAGGAUUUUCGAAUCGGUAGGCUAACUUUUUAUAAACCCGACGGACUAGUAAUGUUUUAUAAAAAUAAUGUAGCGUAAACAAAAUGUUACAUAUGUAAUAAUUGUUAUUAUAAUUUCUAUUUUGGCUCAUGUUUUCUCUGCUCAGACCUUAUUUUAUAAUAAUUCGUAUACUGUGUUUGCAAAAAAAAAAAACUUAAUGCUAUUUGUUUACGGUUCAUUCACGUUGUUAUUCGAACAUACGUUGUUGUUGUCUAGAAAACUUUAAAAUUAACUAUUCCAUUAAACGUAUAUGAAAUUAGUUCCCUUCAAAUAUAAAUAUAUUCCAAUGAACUCAGUAUUAGCGGUUUGUCUACUCUAUUAUUAUUUUAAGUAAUCUACUCAAGUAAUAGUGUUAUGCUAGAUUUUAUUACAUAAAUGUUUUAUCGAUAUAAUUUAAAUUAUAUCUAGUUUAAUGCUAGUCUUCUAUGUUCUUGUUCCUUGACAAUUUUUUUUCGUAAAGAACAAAAUGUUUCACCUAUCAUAAUAAGUAAUUUUAGUCACAAAUAUUAUUUAUUUAGUGAAAAUAUAAUAUAUUUACUUAGUUGAUAGAAUUAUUUUAUUAUGCUAAAUAUUGUAUACUUUUUGUACAUUUUAGUGUUUUAAUUAUUUUGUAUUCGUGUUUACCAAGAAGAUAUUUUCUGUUAAGUCUUAAUUAUUUCUACAGAAUUAUUUUUCGCUAUGUGCCACUUAAGUGAUUUGUUUCAUAUAUCUAAAAUUCGCAUCAUGUUCAUUAUUGCUUUUUAUACAUCUUUCUGAGUAUUAACAAAGUAAUAUUUAUUUGUCUGUUUUGAUCUGUAAAACCUUAAAAUGGACAAGUAAAUCAAAGGUUACAUUGAUUUGAUCUAUUGAUUAGAGAAAUGUGGAAUUAAACAGAUUCUGUUAUUGUAUUAUAGCGUACAGUUACCAGCAGUUUUACCUUUUGCAAAAUGUGAAAUUUGAAUCUUACCACUAAGUCAUAAUGUUGAGAAUUCGUUGCGGAAACUGUGAAGUGAUUCAGUAAUUUGUCAUAUUUCGGUAGAUUAAUACGCUGGUCUCUGUAUCUUUUUAUUUCUUUGCAUUUAUAGAAACUGCCAUGUCAGUAAACUUUAAACCGCGCGCAGUAUCGGACGAAUUAGAAUUCUAUCGAUUACAUAUUUGAAGGAUAUCGAUUUGGAAUCGAGUAUCACGAGUCAUUUUCACGUUCAUUUCCACACGAGAAACUGUCCAGUGUAGAUAAUACAGUUUUAAAAAAUCCUUUCCGAUUCGGAAGUCGGCGUCUAGUUCUCAAAUAUUUUUUAAAAUAUGAACAACAACAGAAGCUAUGAAAUACACUACGAGCAGCUAAAAAAAUUUAAUUUUGGUCGCAUACAUAAUUUUAUAUUUGAGUAAUAGAAUCUACUUUCGAAUCCGACAGGAUUUUUGCACAUACUGUAUUUCUCUGUGGUUUUGUUUAAAAAUAACGCUUAAAAAUAUUUCAAUGAUUUUUAUUGUUAUCUUGUUCAAUAAACUUUCAUCGACUUCUGUGUCAUAAAUGAAAUUGGCCUAAAUUAUAAAAUUACAACGAAUUUCUUUUAAAAAAAUAUUUGAAUCUUUAGCAGCUUAGCUAAUUAUUGGUUAUUAUUCACACGCUCAUUAUUACUUAUUAAGUUUUAAUUUUAAUCUUCGUUUGUUUCAAAGGAGCUGGCAUGAAUUGUUUAAAGGAUUUGAAUGAACGAACAAAAUGGUAUGCGAGUGAUAUGCAAGCAUUACGUAUCAUGAGUGUUACAAGUUAUAGUAUACGCGUGAUGUCUUGAGGCGGCAAUUUAUAGCUGAUGCUAAACAUUGCCGCAAGUAAGACAGAGACAGGAGACAAUACCUAAGGCAAGUAUACGGUCGCGGUCUCCCGUCUCUGUCGCCCUUUAGGCGGAAGAAAAAAUAAAAUAUAACAUAAUUUGACUGUCUGUGUCUCUGUAAUGAGUUGGUGCUAGCUUCUUUCAUACAAACUGUUCAUAAAUGCAUAAUCAUUAAGUAAUGUAAGUGCUCAAAUCAAUCGGUCUAACUCUAAACAAUUAAACAUGUCUCCUUGUAGUUUGUACUUAAAUAUUUUUUAACUUCAUAUAUUAAAUAUCAGCUGUACAUUUCAUUUACAAUGACUAUUAUGUAUUGACAACCUCAAGCAAUAAGUGGUUAACAAUAAAUAUUUAGUAAUUAGUUUAUAAGUUUAUUUGUAUAAAAAUAGGUGCAUUAUUUUUUGGAACAAAUUGUAACUAAGUACCUACAGUCAGUAUGUAGGCGACAGAAAAGGUAGGUAUUUCGGAUAACGGCACAUUAAGCUAAACAAUGUAGCAUCUUAUUUCGUGCUAAUAAAUGUGAUUUUGCAACAAGAGUAAAUUAUGCUCGUGUCUCACACCCUGUAGGCUUAUUUGUAGAUCUAUAAAAUAGGCACGUGUAUUUAACUUUUCUGUCGUCUCAAUCAUUCAUUCAUUGACAAAAAACAAAAGCUAAGAUGUGUUUUGACACCAGAUGGCAGCUGCAGGCGAUCUUGGCUUUUCAACGUGGCAGCACUUUCGCUGUGGUCCAUGCCUGUUCUUGAAGUUUUAAUUGGUAUAGGCCGCGCAACGUGAGUUGAGGCUAUGAACACAAGUAGGUAUCUUUAUACGCUGUCUGCGACGUCUUGCAUAGUCUGAAUGACAAGUGCUUUCUGUCUCGCUUGCAGACAUUUAACAAGAGCAAGGUAGCUAGUGUACUCUUUAUUUGAACUUGAAUGUGUAAUCGAGUGUAAUAUGUUGAGUUCUGUAAACUAUGUAUUGGAUACGUGUUCGCCUCCACUUUCAUUGAGCGACCUAUACGGAAAGUCUGCUAAUAUUUGUGCAAAUUCGUAUACGAAUUGAAAUUGUAAGAUCUGAUUCGAAAACAUAAUGCCUUUUUCGCUGUUGCCGCCUAGGCAGGAUGCGAUCGGCCGUCAGCCACCAACUUGUACUACGUUUAUUAUUUUAAAUUAUAUUAAGUACUGUAGCUAUUUUUUUAGGGAUAGGUACAGUUGGAUAGGCAACUCUUUAUGUGAUGGAUUUUUAGACUUCUAUUUGUGUAUUGUGUAAAUACUUGGGUAUGAUUUUACAAUACGAGAUACUGAGAAUAAAAGUUCUAAAGAA